ACCACACAAGAAUAGGAGGAGGCAAUGGCGGUCUUAUCCACCAUCUUCUCCAUCACCAGAGCUUCAACGCCUCCUAUGGCGUCUCUAACUAAUGACUCACCGUCUCCACUUCCUUCUUCUUCACCGUCGAAGCUUCCCUCUUCUUCUUCUCCGUCGAAAAAACCGGUACAACUAAGCAAAGUGAGCAAACAAAUGGGAAAUCAAAACCAGCAAUUACGGAAGCAACGACGAGGCAACAAGCCUUCGAUAGCUCAGAUCGAGCGAGCCUUUGGCGCUGGAUCAUAUCGUGAUUCCGAAGGGGAAAUGGAUAUGAAUACGGUAUUCGAUGAGCUUUUACUAGGCCAUGCUAAUAAAUUCGAAAGUAAGCUGGAGAAGAAACUACGAGAGAUUGGCGAAAUCUUCGUAGCUCGAACAGAGCCAAAGCUUCGUUCAUCCGGGAAACGAGUUUUGAUGUUUACACUUCAAUGGAUUCUUCCCAUAUGGAUUAUGUCUCUGCUCAUAGCUUGUGGAGUUAUCAAACUCCCUUUUAGCCUCCCAUUACUUGAUGACUUGAUCAUAACGAACGAGUCUUAUCCUAUAGAAUUUCCGAUGGGAACGCUUCAGUCAUGGAGAAAAGCUUACGGAGCCCUAAAAGACUCCACCAAAGUCGGCCUUGUCCGUGUCAACAGCGAAUACGCCGAUUUAGAUGUCGCCAUAGUCAAAGCUACCAAUCAUGUUGAGUGUCCUCCCAAAGAUCGCCAUCUCAGAAAAAUCUUCGCUGCAACAUCAGUGACUCGUGCUCGAGCAGAUGUUGCCUAUUGUAUUCACGCUCUUUCCCGGCGUUUGCAUAAAACCAGGAAUUGGACGGUUGCUUUGAAGACACUAAUUGUUAUUCAUCGGCUUCUAAGGGAAGGAGAUCCAACUUUCAGAGAGGAACUAUUGAAUUUUUCGCAGAGAGGGCGUAUUUUGCAGCUUUCUAAUUUUAAGGAUGAUUCAAGCCCUAUUGCCUGGGAUUGUUCAGCUUGGGUACGUACUUAUGCACUAUUUCUCGAGGAACGGCUUGAAUGCUUCAGGGUUUUAAAAUAUGAUACUGAGGCAGAACGUCUUCCCAAGUCUACCCCAGGGCAGGAUAAGGGGUAUAGUAGAACCAGGGAUUUAGAUGGUGAAGAACUCUUGGAGCAGUUGCCAGCUUUGCAGCAGCUUCUCUAUCGUCUCAUCGGUUGCAGGCCAGAAGGUGCUGCUAACCACAAUCAUGUUAUACAAUAUGCACUUGCUCUGGUGUUGAAAGAGAGUUUUAAAGUCUAUUGUGCUAUUAAUGAUGGAAUCAUCAAUCUCAUUGACAAGUUCUUUGAAAUGGCAAAACAUGAAGCCAUCACUUCCCUUGAGAUAUACAAGCGUGCGGGUCAGCAGGCUCGUAGCCUUUCUGAUUUCUAUGAAGCCUGCAAAGGAUUGGAACUUGCAAGGAAUUUUCAAUUUCCUGUUCUAAGAGAGCCUCCACAAUCUUUUCUGACAACAAUGGAGGAGUAUAUUAAAGAAGCACCGCGGGUUGUCGAUGUCCCAGCGGAACCACUGCUUCUAACAUAUAGGCCGGAUGAUGGAUUGACUGCCGAAGAUACUGAACCGUCGCAUGAAGAACGUGAAAUGUUACCUUCAGAUGAUGUCGUUGUUGUAUCUGAAGAAACAGAACCUUCUCCCCCGCCUCCUCCUUCAGCCAACGCUCAGAACUUCAUUGAUACAGAUGAUCUACUGGGUCUGAACACUGGUGCUCCUGAUGCAUCAGUGAUCGAAGACCAAAAUGCGCUUGCUUUAGCCAUUAUUUCAACAGAUGCUAAUCCUCCAACGCCUCGUUUUGGUCAACCAAAUGAUUACGAUCCUACAGGAUGGGAGCUUGCCUUGGUGACAGCACCUAGCAGCGAUAUCUCUGCAGCCACCGAGAGGAAAUUGGCUGGAGGGUUAGAUACGCUUACACUUAGCAGUCUAUACGAUGAUGGAGCCUACAUAGCUUCCCAGCGUCCUGUCUACGGUGCACCAGCUCCCAAUCCAUUUGCGUCCCAUGACCCUUUUGCGUCGUCCAAUGGUACAACUCCCCCACCUCAGCAGCCAGCGGUCAACAACCCCUUCGGUGCUUACCAGCCUACAUAUCAGCAUCAGCCCCAGCCAAUGUAUCAGCAUCAGUCCAACCCUCCUACCAAUAAUAGUAACCCAUUUGGUGAUUUUGGGGAAUUCCCGGUGAACCCGGCUUCACAGCAGCCAAAUACGACGGGUUAUGGUGAUUUUGCGGUAAACCAACAUAACAACCCGUUCCGCAGCACUGGCCUCCUUUGAUCAUGUUGUCUAUUCACGUUUGUAUCAUCUUCAUUGGUUUUGGUGGAGGGAAAGAGAGAGAGGGAAAUGGUUUUAUUUGUGAGUAAUAGAACCACAUGAUGAUU